AUAGGUUCGAUUUUGACACGACGAAGCCUUUUGACGUCUCUCAUUGUAGUUGCAUGGAAUUUGCAAAGUAGAUUUUGUUGAAAAAGGGAUUUUAAAUAUUACAAAAAUGAGACCUUUAAUGCUGCAGGGCCAUGAGCGUUCCAUUACGCAAAUCAAGUACAAUCGCGAGGGCGAUUUAUUGUUUUCCUGCUCCAAAGAUCAAAAGCCCAAUGUGUGGUAUUCCAACAAUGGUGAACGUUUAGGAACCUACGAUGGUCAUCAGGGUGCUAUUUGGUGUUUGGAUGUGGAUUGGACAACUUCAAAGUUAAUCACCGGCUCUGGUGAUAUGACAACAAAAAUUUGGGAUGUUGAGCAUGGUGUAGUCAUUGCAUCCAUACCAGCAAAAUCUUCGGUGCGUACAUGUAACUUCAGUUACUCGGGCAAUCAGGCGGCAUAUACCACCGACAAGGCUAUGGGUCAGAACUCUGAACUUUUCAUAAUCGAUGUUCGUACAGCUGAUCCUAGUCUAUCGGAACAAAGUCCCAUUUUGCGCAUACCCAUGUUACAGUCCAAGAUCACCUCCAUGUUGUGGGGUCCUUUAGAUGAGACGAUUAUUACAGGACAUGAUAAUGGCCAAAUUUCUAUAUGGGACAUACGUAAAGGGCGUGAAGUGAAUUCGGUAAAUGAUCAUGCAGCUGGCAUCAACGAUAUGCAAAUGUAUAAAGAUGGCACAAUGUUUGUUACCGCUUCCAAGGACACAUCUGCCAAAUUGUUCGAUUCCGAAUCGCUUAUGUGCUUGAAAACCUAUAAAACCGAACGUCCUGUCAAUUCCGCCGCCAUUAGUCCAAUACAAGAACAUGUUGUCCUCGGUGGUGGCCAAGAUGCUAUGGAAGUAACAACAACAUCAACAAAGGCUGGUAAAUUCGAUUCUCGCUUCUUCCAUUUGAUAUACGAAGAAGAAUUCGCCCGUCUCAAGGGUCAUUUUGGACCAAUUAACAGUUUGGCUUUCCACCCGGAUGGCAGAAGUUACGCUUCCGGCGGUGAAGAUGGUUUUGUGCGUGUGAAUACAUUCGAUAGUACCUACUACGAACCACUAUUUUAGGUCAACCCAUUAUACUACAUACUGAUUUUUUUGUAUUCUGUCGUGCAAACCAUUAAACUAAAGAGUAAAAAUUAUUUAUACACUAAAGGAUAAAUAAAAUAAUUGUAUUGUAAGCCCUUUUUCGUCAUAUCUGCUACAAAGUGAAUUUGUUUUUAUACUGAACCCAUGCAAGAUGUAUCGGAAUAAAGUUAAUAAACAAAUAUAUUCAAGAACUCGAAGAAGGCUAAGGAAUUCAA